UAGCAGACGGUUUUGUUUUGUUGGUAGUAAUGCAGAGGGUACUUGUUUUUUAGGGAGUGUAUUGUAAUUGUGCGAGAUGUGUUGUGCGGCGGCAGUGUGAUUGCAACUACUGAUGCAAAUUUUUAGAAGUUUUAUUUCGCUUUCAGUAAGACAGUUAAUGUAAUGGGCGAAAACAUGGGUGUAAUUCCAGUAGAUGGCAGUGAUUUUCCUGAAAUUACGGAAACAUUAUCAGAUGUUACGAAAGAGCUUACAGUUACCGAGACUGACAAUAUAACACUACAAGCGGAAGACUUGAUAAAUGUAGGUGUAAGUUGUCCGGAAGAGGCCGAAGGUGACAUUGUCUGCACUGAAGAAAAACGAAAGAAAAGACAUAGGAUAAGGAAGAGAAAGCCCAAGAACAAGAACGAUACAGGCUCUGAAAGCACAGCUGCAGGAGAUGAAAAGGAAACCACUAAUAACAUCCAGUGCGUAUGUGAACAUGUACGGGCUAUCCAGUUACAAGAGGGUGGUGUGUCAAUGUAUAAUGUCUCCAUGUCCACAGUUUUUCAUUCUGAGCCAGUUAAUGAACAAGCUACAAAACCUGAAAUCUUGCAGCAUUCUCACACUUCCAGUAAAACCAAAGUUCCAGAAAAGUCAAAGAAAAGAGUGAAGAAAUCUAGUAAAAAAAAUGUGGCACAAAGACAGCUUUCUGAAUCUGUUGUAAGUGACAAGUGCACAGGUGGAAAUGGACAAGAGUCUGUGGCUGUAAUAGAUGCACAAGUUGAAAGUAAAAGAUUAAGUGGCCAUAAUGGAAGCCCACGAAAAAGUACCAACAAAGCACAGGGCUUUGAAAAAUACCUUCCGCAAAGAGAGAUAGAGGAAGGACUCCAGAAUGGUACACUAAUUAAGGGUAUUAUCCGCAUAAACCAGAGGAACUACAAGGAGUCAUACAUAAGUAACCCUGAUGGACAGAUGGAUAUUUUAAUAUCUGGUGUUCAGAAGAGAAAUAGAGCACUUGAGGGAGAUGAAGUUGUUGUAAAAUUAGAACAGUCUUCAGAGUGGAAGCUUCAGUCAAAUGGCUGCUAUCAAAAAACAGGAAAGGUUGUCUUCAUCUCUGUACGCAAUCAUUUGAAAGUUGCUGUAGGUACGCUGAAAAAAAUGAGUGAUGAGAACUCUCAUUUUGCUCUCUUUAGCCCACGUGAUGCUCGAAUUCCUCGUAUGAAGAUUCCUCUGUAUGAAUGCCCUCUUGAGUUCUUGGUAGAUCCUGAAAAAUUCAAAAAUGUUAUAAUUCUAGCAAAAAUGGUAGAGUGGAGCAAUGUAAAUUAUGCUCUUGGAGAAAUUAUUGAACUGGUAGGGGAAGUUGGUAAUAAGGAAGCUGAGACCACAGGUAUUCUGUUGGAGCAUGGACUUGAUGUUACUCCAUAUUCAGAUGAUAUGAAAGGUUAUUUCCCUCAAGCGCCAUACCAUAUCAGCGAAGAGGAAAUACAAAAACGAGUUGAUUUGAGGAAGGAGUGCAUUUUCACUAUUGAUCCAAAGACUGCAAAAGAUCUGGAUGAUGCUGUCUCGUGUAAAUUACUGGAAAAUGGAAAUUUUGAAAUAGGAGUUCACAUUUCAGAUGUUACACAUUUCUUAACAGCAGAGACUCCUUUGGAUGACAUUGUUUCAAAGAAAGCUACCAGUGUAUAUCUUGUUGAUGCGGUUCAUCACAUGCUCCCAAAAGAACUGUGCAUGCUAUGCUCUCUAUUACCUGGUGAAGAUAAAUUGACAUAUUCUGUAAUAUGGGAAAUGACUCCAAAUGCUGAAAUACUGUCUCAGCGUUUAACACGUUCUGUCAUAAAUUCCUGCUCACAACUUGCUUAUGAACAUGUUCAGGCAAUGAUUGAAAACCCAGACAAACAGUGGACAAAAGAGGACCUGCCACCAUUAGCUGGAGGCUUUGAGCCCAAAGAUAUCCUUUCUCGUGUUCUGUGGCUCCAUAAAUUAGCAUUAAUAUUGCGAAAGCGGCGAUUUGAUGGAGGAGCUCUAAAAAUUGACCAGACUAAAGUAUUCUUCUCAUUGGAUGAGUUAGGUCUACCAGUGGCAUAUAACUGUUAUGUCCAGAAUGAUUCACAUAGGUUAAUUGAAGAGUUUAUGCUGCUGGCCAAUAUGUGUGUUGCUAGGCAAUUACAUACUGAUCAUCCUGAACUUGCAUUUUUGCGAUGCCAUCCAGGACCUGUUACUUUAAUGUUGAGUAAGGUAAAGGCCACAUUUGAGAAGCGGGGAAUUCACCUAGACGUAUCAUCAGCGGGUGCACUACAAACAUCAAUGUGGCGCUACAGUGGAGAUGAUUUUGUUAGCCGAGCUCGCAUGAUGGUCAUUUCUUCAUUAUGUGCCCGUGCCAUGUCAAGAGCGAAAUAUUUCUGCUCAGGUUUUGUCCAAGAUGAAGAUGACUAUAACCAUUAUGCCUUGAAUGUUGCUCGGUACACUCAUUUUACCUCACCUAUCAGAAGGUAUGCUGAUGUAAUGGUGCACAGAUUGCUUGGAGCCUCUCUAGGAUACCAUGACACUCCAAAGUGGACAAAAGAGUUUGUCCAAAGGAUAGCAUUGAAUUGCAACAACAAGAAGUAUGCUGCAAAAUUAGCUGGAGAAGAAAGUGUAAAGUUAUUUCUUUAUCUGUAUUUAAAAAUCAAUGGACCUCUUGAAGAUGAUGCUGUUGUUAUAGACGUGAAAGACCAUUCAUUUGAUGCUGUUGUAUGUAGUAAUGGACUCACUCAACGAGUUUAUGUUGAUAAACUGGAUGCAGAUGUUGAAUUUGAAUCCCAGAAGGAUUUCUCAUUCUUGAAAAUAGCAUGGAAGUCAUCAAAGAAUUUGAAUAACAUAUUCUACCAAGUAAUUGAGAUAUUCAGCUUAGUUCGUGUGAGACUGACAGCUGCAGAAGAGCAGACUAAAAUUCUGGCCGAGCUGAUAGAUCCUCAGAAUGCUAAUACCAAUAAUGUCAGCAAUGUUGAUGGAUGUUUGACAUGACAGUAUUCAAAGUGACUCACUUUAUUUUGUGUUUGUUGUGAGUUUUCUAGACUCCAGUUGGUAACAAAAUGUUUAUGACAGUAACUGAAUGUAUCAUGUAGAAAGAGAAAGAUUUUCCGUGGUAGCAGGUAUAGACGAAAAUGACACUAAACAGAAAGUGCUGAUGAAAGAAGUACUGUAGCUUGUCUCUUGAGUUACACUUUAUUUUUGGGUCAUGUCUUUAUGGUAUAGAAAAGGUAAUGCCUGCUUUGUGCUGUCACAUGUUUAGAAAAUAAAAUGUGCAAAUCAGUUACUUCUUUCAGUGUUUUCUGUCUGUCAUUUGACAUUUGAUUUUUAUAAUGGAUAUAGAAAUAUUUUAUGAAAUCUAACUUUGCAUUACAUAAAUAAUAUGUAUAACAUCAUCACUCUGUUUGGAACUGCUGUAGUUAUGCUGAAUAUAUUGAUCUUUUAACAGUCAGUAAUCAUCUUAUGCACCUCUGCAAUUUGUUUCAGAUAUGACUAGAAAACUGAAUUUUAUUUCAAGUUAAGGUUUUAGGUGGUUGGUCUACUGUAAGGAUGGAAAUUUCUCUCAUUUUAGUCUCAAAUGUAAUGAGAAGAGAUUUUCUAUAUACAAUUUAUGCCUUUUCAGAGUUGUUGCUAUCAAGAGUUUAAAAAUAUACGGAGAGAGUGUAAGUUUAUCACCAUGUGACUGAACAGACUGUUAUACACCACAAGGUAGACGGAUGUAGUGCAAUUUUCUCCAUUACUGAAUUAGCCUCUCAGCAAAUGCAGAGUGUGGUAAACUUUGCUGCUGCCAAAGGCAACUGAAUGAGUGGUAGAAGAAUGUGUAGAAAGUCAGUAAUGUUUCAACAACUGAAAUUUUUCUACUGAUGUUGAGGAAGAUACAAAUAAGUUUCGAAAGCAUGAGCAAAAACAGUAAAUGGACAAAGACUGCACAUUAACAAUUUUUAUUAACAUAUGCUGUUGUGAAAAAUUUUGUGAUUACACCAUUUUGUAUCUUGGUCACUUGUAUUUGUGCUGUGAUUUAUGUCAGUAUGUUUUAUUUGUAUUAUUUCAGUAUGUUUUGUUUGUAUUAUUUGCUUGCAGUUGUUUUACCAUAUUUAUCUUUAUUUUAUAUCUUUUGUUUAAAAGCUGUUGUUAUAUGCUUCCUCUCAAUUUGUCUGGGGUUAUGUAGAAGUGUGUGGAUUUAUCCAUAGUAAUGUAGACAUACUGUAAGGGUUUAGGCAUCUGAAAUUGCCUACAUUAUCUUCAAAGUUAUUACAUAUUAUUUGGUGUGAAUGCAGGCUGUCUUGGUGUAUUUCAUUUAUGGAAUCUUGGAUUAUCAGCUGAGUUGUGGCACUGUGUCGUCGCAACAUUUUGAUGAGUUUUCUACCUUGUUGAGACGUUGCAGUAACACAUCAUCAUGAUUUGACUGUUGAUUUCAUUAAUAUUGUUUAGUAAUUCCAUAAAGUUGUAUUUAUUUGGAGACCGUUCAUGAAUUAAGUUGUUUCCAUCAUAUCAAAGAUGGAAGUUUCCAGUGUUCAACCUUAGGUGUCCUCCAAGUGAUCACACUAUGUAAUAUUAGAAAAACAAGAUGCCUAACUUGCUUCACCAGGUCUAAAGUGAUAUUCUGGGUACUUUUGAUUCAUCAUUAAAGAAACCAUACAGAAAGCAAUUCCCCCAUUGGGAAAUCUAGCGAGUUGGGUGGCUACAUACAGCAAUAUUGUGUGUGGAAAUUGUGUGACCAAUUUGUUGAACUGGCAGAUGUCAGUGUACAUACUAUUUGACAUUCAUAUGAUGACAUGGACAGGACCCAUCUUGGAAAAUGAGCUCUCUACUACUAGUUGUGACAGCAACUAGCAUGUCCAAGUGUGUGUUUGUGUGUGUGUGUGUGUGUGUGUGUGUGUGUGUGUGUGUGUUCAGUGAUAAUUCUCUUGGCUAAGAAAAAUAAAUUUCACACCUAAUUUAGAAAUGGACAAAGCACUUUUAGUUCUGGACAUUUUUUAUCUCAGUGACAAAGUGCAGUUAUUGCAGACUUAUUUGCAUACUUUAUCAGAUGAAGAAAUAUUCUUCAUGACUCCCAGUUCAAAGUUGUGACAUAAUUUUGCUCACUUGUACCCUGGCUGUGGUUUAUGCCACCAUGGUUGUUCUUUUUCCUGUUAUAUCUGUCUAUAUGCAGAUAUUAUACCAAGUUAAGGUUUUUUAUCAUUUUUUUAGCAACUUCUGCUGCAAAUAAUACCAACUCUUUGAAAACUAAAGUAUCUUUGCAGGUGCUUUCUUUAACAAUACAGAUACUCCAGCCCUCCUAUAACCAGGCCACAUUGUUUAGUAGGGCAACUAACACUUUCAGUGUGCACUUUUGGAUUGAAAUUUUCCUGAAGAACAAGGCACACAUGUCGUAGUCCUCCAACCAGAAGUAUUGCGCAAAAAAGGACACAAAGCUCCAAAAAUAUACUCUCUCAGUUUGGCCUUGUGCUUUACCCUAACAUUUUGCCUAAUGCAUAAAUUGGAUACUUUUUUGCAUUCUGUAAUUGUGACACAGUUCAUGUAUAGUAUGGAUCUAGGUACAAAGGAUUGUUUUUGGUUGCAUGGCAUGUAAGUGUCAGUUUUCAUGCGUAAGGAUGAUGUGUUGUUCGACAAAAACUGGUAAUUGUAACAAACAAAUGGCAUAUAGCAAUUGCACCAAAUUGUGGUUUUUCAAAAAUAUUUAAAAUCUGUGAUUAAUUGCUUCCUUAGAAUAAACAGGCAAUUUGCCUGUAGCUACAGUAAGAUUAAUUUUCAAUUCUUCAAUAACAUCUAUCCAGAAAAUAAAGAACAUUUUACAUAAACAUAAUUUGGAUAUACAGAUUCAAUUUUUGUGUUCAAGAAUAAGAAUGUAUGCCAAGCCUUCUCUUUUUUGUUUAGAAUGCUCAGUCUUUGGUGAAUGUUUUAGUUGUCUUGCAGAAAACCAAAAUUCUUUCAGCACACUUCCAGCAUUAUCUUAACAGUCAGAGUAUAAAAAAAUAGAUAGUAUUGUUUUAAAUUGUGAGGAUUACUGUACAACUCGGUGUUAUUUGUUCAACUGGUAUAAUUGUUUUCAUUUUCUUAUUUUGCACAUGCAUAACAUUCAAAGUGUCAUUUUGGAAUACUAUCUGGAAAUAUAAGAUUUGUUGUAUUUUGUGAUCCACAAUGUUCCAAAGCCUUACUGCAAGAAAUAAUUAUUACAUAGUGAUUGUUUGUGAUUGGAAGUGCUUCAUUUGUACUUGGUUUUGUAGUUAACUACAUUUCGGUACAGAUAGAAGGUAGAACACUAAGUAUUAUGUUUUACAAUUCCUGUUAUUCUCCUGAUUCGUAGAAGUAAUGUGAAUGAAGAAGGAGCAAAAGUGAAUUUGGGAUAUUGCACAUCACAUAUUUGCAAAAUGCAGUGCUGUUUUACAUGCAUACAAUUUACUUGAAAAUUUUGUAUAUAUUACAUGUGAACCACAGAGAUGGCAAAUUAGUCAAUUCUUAUUGUUCUGGUGAACUUAAAGAACAGCCAACAGUGACUGUCAUAACAGAAGUCAUGAACAUUCCAAGGAGUACUCGUGUUUUUAUAAGUGUUUCCCAUUUACUUUGUAUCAAUAAAAGUACAAAUAAUGACUUAAAAUAAUCACAAAUAGUUAAUGACAUUGAAAGUGUACGAGUAGCUGAAUGUCAGAGGCAGACAUACGCUGUUUGUAUGAAAUCAGGAAGCAGCUUUCUUUCUUUUUUCUUUUCUUUUUGCCCCCCUUCCCUUGUGUGUGUGUGUGUGUGUGUGUGUGUGUGUGUGUGUAUGUGUGUGUGUGUGUGUGUGUGUGUGUCCACUUUUGAUACCAAGCUAUACAUGUGUCUACUUAUGAUGUAAACACACACUUAUUAGUUUAUCCCUCUUAAGGCAGGGAUUUUCUAUAUGACAAAGUAAUAUUAAAGUAUCAUUUGAAGUUGUGUAUUACAUUAAAAACAUCAGAAAUGCAUUUCAAAAUUUAGUUACUUUUACAGAAAAGCAUAUAUAAGGUGUGUGAGAGAAGUAAUGGAACUAAUUUUUUAUCUACCAAAGCUUUUAUUUUUUCAAGCAACAAUAAUUUCCUGUUUAAAACAGCUAUAUACCAAUUGGAGUCUUUUCCAGUCUUGGCAGCAGCACUGAAAGCUUCAACUGGUAUGGAAUUUAACAUGUCGGUUACAUUAUGUUGAGUGUUCUCCGGAGAGCCAACAUGAUGUCUUUUUAAGACUUUUUCAAUUUCAGGAGAAGAAAAAGCCACAAGGGCACAGAUCAGGUGAAUACGAGGUCUGUAGAACAACAGAAAUAUCUGCUGAGGUAAAAAAUUCUGUGAUGGAAGUGGCUGUGUAAUAUGGGACAUUGUCGUGAUUCAGCAUCCACUUGCCUGCAGUGUACGGUCUUACUCAGUUCACCCUUUUGCUGAGCCUUUUGGGGUCAUCUUUGUAAAACCCUUGGUUGACAGUUUGCUAUGGAGGAACAAAUUCUUUGUGCACAGUACCCCUACUGUCAAAAAAGCACAUCAGCAUUGUUUUGAGCUUUGGUUUGCUGAUUCGAGCUUUUUCCUCCCAGGAUAUGUCUCAGUGUGCCCCUCCUCACUGUGCCGCUUUGUCUCAGGAUCAUACUAAAAAAAUCCAGCAUCUGUCACCUGUGAUCACAUGGCUGAACCAUUUAUCGUCAUUGGCAAUCUUAUGAAGAAGAUCAAUAAACUUGUCUUUGAUUGUACUUCUGCUAAGUUGUGAAGUUUGUCGGCAUCAUUUUCACACGAACCUUUCGCAAAUGCAAAACUUCGGUCAGAAUUUGAUGAAUGGUGAAAAUGUUAAAGUUUAACAGGUCACCUGUCAUCUUUAUUGUUAAAUGUUGGUCUGAUCUCACAAGAGCAUGCACAUUUCUGAUGUUUGCUUUGGUUUUUGAAGUUGAUGGUUUUCCUGAGCGAGAUUCAUUUUCAACAUGUUCUUGGCCUUCCAAAAAUGAUUUGUGCCAGUGAAAAACUCGUGCUCUUUAUAAGAAAUGUUCCCCUUAGCCCUAUUACAGCUUUUCAAAGGUGACACUCGCAGAUUCUCCAAGUUUAAGACAGCCAAUGAACCUCUUGAUUUUCUACAGCCAUUACUGGCAUACUGACAGGAAUAUACAGAUGCACAGUUUGCUUUACAGAUUUGCCACUUUGCCCUGAUAUAAGUAUACAUAAGUUCUCCCCUGACUAAAAUGUUCCCAUCCUAGUUCUCUAGAAAAGUAACGGAGAGUCUGCACUGGAUGCUUUGGGUGAUGAGCAGUAACCAGUUUUUGUCCAAAGCACUGGAAGAGUUCAUUUGUUUGUUCUGAAGGGGACUCCGACAUUGCCAACUUCCAGCCAGGCAGCUAUGUGCAGCAAUGACAGAAUCAAGCUGCAUGCCCCACAAAUGUUCUCAAAUGAUUUUACAGAAACUAUUUGGUAAAAAAUUUCAUUUUUGCAUUCCUUAUUGCUCUAUUUGUCACAUUCAUGUUCAUGUGCCUGUCAUUAAUAUUAAUGGUCGUAGUUAUUGAGAUAUUUGCAUUUAAGUAAGACAGUGAGUGAAAUUUGAAAAAGUUUGUAAUGAAAAAUAGGGGUUGCUAUGAUUUUGCAUUUGGUGCUUAUUACAUAAUAUGUUGCCAUGAAUCAAAUUUAGCUAACAUACUGAGUUUUUCUUUUGACUUGAAUGGUGAUCUCUGUCACCAAUCGCAAGAAAAUUGAUCUGAAGUAGCACACUCAUUUGUGAUUGCACGUGCCAAUAAUAAAGCCAGAAUGACAUAUCCACAACAUUCUUCAAAUUUAAUAAACAAUUUGUGAAAUCAAAAUGAGAUUUUGGCAAAUGAUAGCUUUAAUCUGUUGAUCUUAACUUUUCAUCAGUUCCUCACUUAAUAAACCAUGGUUUCAGAAUUCUCCCACAAUUGUGUCUGCACAACAUGUUAGUGAGGUGACAGUCGAGUAAUCUCAGCUGUGUUUUGGCAAAAGAAGCAAAUGUUAACAUGGCAACAAGAGAAAUGUAGGUUUUGCUCAAAAUUCGCCACUCAUGACGCUUCUCUGAAAGUUAAAAAUGGUUAACAAGCCACAUUAAAAUAAAUCACUGCUUUUUGUUGCAUUUUAAGUGGAAUUCUUUGUAAAUACUCACUAAAGUAGAUGUGACAGUAGAUAUUUUGGAGUGGUCACUAUGCAGUGGGGUGUGGAGGGGCUACACUUAAUAUUUACAAAAAUUGUGAGCGUAGGCCUCAGUUCAGAAUGGCACUUCCCCUCAAGUACUUGGAGUUUCUACUAUGGCAUCUGCCCUAACCUCCACCACUACUGCUCUCCCCACGUAUCCUCUGCCGAUUGCUUGUCUACUGGCCACAUUAUUCUGUGCGCGCUCUACCAUAGGCUAUUAGUCUGAAGCGAAGCUGACUUGCUGUUUUUAAUGCUGUUUUACCAGUAUUGUGUAACCUUGGGACAGGCAAUCUUUUCCACUCAACUUAAGUGGUCUGUAUUUCUCAAAUACUUCAUGUGUAUAUUAGGAUAUUAAUCCCCCCCCCCCUCCAGUUCCCCCCUCUCCCCCCAUACCACUCCCACCCGUACCCCUCUCUUAAUGAGAGAAAAAUCUUCAUCUGAAGGCAGAAACAAGCAACCUGUUAGUAGGAAGAUUAUUCCAGUCUUAGUUACAUUCUCUGAUGCACUGCUUGUCAGGAACUUCAGUACAUUAUCAAAAAAUUGAUAUUUUUAUUUUAUCCAACAGCCAUUAACAGCCUGCUAUAUGGAAUCACAUCAUGAAACAUCAACAGUUCUAAUUUUAUUAAAUAUAAUGCAAGUAACAUUAUUAGACAGCUUUAAGCUUCUCUUGAGUCCAGCAAUAUGUUGAAGUAGUUUCAGGAUUUAACCAAAUCUGUUGAUAAACUUUUGAAUACUGAAAGAUUCUGUCAGUUGGACCCGAGCUGCUGGUGUUGGUUGUAAUGUGUGUGUGAAGUGUGCUUCCUUGUGUGAAUGAAUGGUGUGUGUUUCUCUUUUACUGAUGAGUGCUGUUGCCAAAAGCUUAUUGCGUCUGUCUGCAACUUAAUGUGUCAUAUUUAUGGUAAGUAGCAAUCUAUCUUUCCCGACAUGUUAAAUACAUGUUUUAAUUGUCAGCUAAUGGGAUGUAGAGGCAUCCCUUUCUGCACCAAACUUUUCUUCUCUGUCAUUUCCAUCUCAAGUUUCUACUGGAGUGUAGAAUUUUGAAGACCCUUAUGAAAGUCAUUAUGAUAGAAUAGCAUAUAACGAUUCUGUUAAAACUGCCAAUUUUUCAGGCCUGUGAUUAGAAAACAUUGUAAAAUGACACCCAAUAAACAUUUUUUCUUUUCUUUUUUUUUUUUUUUAACUAUUUUCUUAGAUAAACCUCUUAACAUUUCUGACAUUGAAAUACCUGUCCAAAGUAAAUAUUUUGAGCAGUUUACAUGCUGUCCUUACCUUCGCCUUUUUUCCCUGUGGAGGAUUUUUUUUCUGAUUUUUCUGGUUGAUGUGUAUAUUUAUGGAGUUUUUUCAGUUACUGUUGCAAUUUGCUUCUCAGAAUUUACUAACCCCCCCCCCCCCUGUAAAAAAAGUGCACAAAAUCACCUAACACCUUGUAUCUAACUUCACUGAAUAAGAGCUGCUGCAGCUACAAUGUUUUCAAGAGUCAAAUUAUUCUGAUCUUGAACUGUUACAGGUUCAUCUGGUAGACAUCAAGCUAAUGAUGUGGGUUGCACUGCUAGGACUCCAAUUUUGAAAGCCACUUUAACUUUUUAUGAUGAAAAACUCAGUUUUUGUAUUUUUUUUUUUUUUAGAGAAAUGGAUGUUACCAAUGAAAAUAGUGCAAAACAAUGACAAUAGAAUAUCAAUUUCAUCCUGACCAAGACAAGUCCGCUUGUGAUAUUCAGCUACUCAGUUUACAGAUUUUUCACCGUACAACAGUGUGACUUCAAUUUAAUAUUGAAGUAAAUAAUUUUUAAGUGAUAUGUCGAUAAGAGGAAAAAUUUUCAUAAAAUAUUUUAUUUAUUUAUGUCAAAGAUUUUAUGUACAGAAUAAAGUGACAUUUCAACAA